UGUAGAGCUGUUGUGUGGCUGCUUCCCCUGGGCUCUGAGCUUCGGGUUCUUUGUGCCCUAGCUGCUGUCUGCUUUGAGACGACUUUUUGCUGAAAAGCUAGCCAUCCUCGCCCCCGCCCCUCACGCACGCUCCCCGCCCAACUUAGUGCCUUUUCCCUGCUGUCCGCAGCUGUCUCCCACGCCCUCCAGCCCCUAGAGAACCGCAGCCAUGGGUAUCCGAGGCAUGCUGCGGGCCGCUGUGCUCCUACUGCUCAUCAAGACCUGGCUCGCGGAAAGCAACAGCCCCAGCCCCAUGCCGAAAUCCCACUUCGAGCUCCCCUCCACCAUGCCCCAAGUCGUCCUGGACCUCUUCUAUUGCAAAAAUUGUGCAAAUGAAGCUGUGGUUCAAAAGAUUUUGGACAGGGUGCUGUCGAAAUACGAUGUCCGUCUGAGACCAAAUUUUGGAGGUGACCCUGUGCCCAUCAGAAUAUCUAUCUAUGUCUCCAGCAUUGAACAGAUCUCAGAAAUAAACACGGACUAUACAGUCACAAUGUUUUUUCAUCAGACCUGGAAGGAUUCACGCUUAGCAUACUCUGAGACCAAUCUGAACCUGACCCUAGACUAUCGGAUGCAUGAGAAAUUUUGGGUCCCUGACUGCUACUUUCUGAAUAGCAAGGAUGCUUUCGUGCAUGAUGUGACUGUGGAAAAUCGAGUGUUUCAGCUUCACCCAGAUGGAACAGUGCAGUAUGGCAUCCGGCUCACUACUACAGCAGCCUGUUCUAUGGAUCUGCAUAAAUUCCCGAUGGACAAGCAAGCCUGCAAGCUGGAAGUGGAGAGCUAUGGCUACACAGUUGAAGAUGUCAUAUUAUCCUGGGAAGACAAUGAGAAUGUCAUCUACAUGACUGAAGAACUGAAAAUCCCUCAGUUCAGUUUCAUAGGAAGGACUAUUACUAGCAAGGAAGUGUAUUUCUAUACAGGUUCCUACACGCGCCUCAUCCUGAAGUUCCAGGUGCAAAGGGAAGUCAACAGCUACCUUGUACAGGUCUAUUGGCCCACUGUCCUCACAACCAUUCUCUCCUGGAUAUCAUUUUGGAUGAACUAUGAUUCCUCUGCUGCCAGGGUGACAAUUGGCCUAACUUCAAUCCUCGUCCUGACUACCAUCGAUUCACAUAUGCGGGAUAAACUCCCCAACAUUUCUUGUAUCAAGGCCAUUGACAUCUAUAUCCUUGUAUGCCUGUUCUUUGUGUUCCUGUCCUUGCUGGAGUAUGUCUACAUCAACUAUCUUUUCUUCACCCGAGGACCUCACCGUCAUCGUAGGCGACACAGGAGACCCCGAAGAAUGAUUGCUCGCUACCACUACCAGGAAGUGGUGAUGGGAAACGUUCAGGAUGGCCUGAUUAACAUGGAAGACGGAGUCUGCUCUCUUCCCACCAGCCCCGCAUGGGCCUGCCUGGCGAGCCCAGAAAGCCUCAGCUCUUUGGCGUCCACCUCAGAGCAGGCCCAGCUGGCCACCUUGGAAAGCCUCAGCCCACUGUCUUCUCUCUCAGGCUGGGCCCAGUUGGCCACUGGUGAACGCCUGAGUGAUCUCCCCUCAACCUCAGAACAGGCCCGGGACAGCUGUGGUGUUCACUUUAAUGCCUCUCACCCUGAUGGCUGUGGUACUCCUACCAAAAUCUGCAACCAUGCUGAGGCCCAGGGCUGUGCUGAGACCCAAGAUGAUGAAGAUUCUGAAGAGAGCUUGAGCUCAGAUGAGAGCCAUGGCCAAGACCCCAGAGGGAGGCCUGUCAUGCACCAUAGCCAGAGGUAUGCUCCAGAAGCAAGCUGGGUCCUUGAUGACAUCAACAAUUUACAUGAUGACAUUGAUAUUGAGAGCAACUUCCAUGGUUUUGAGGAGCAACUGAAGUAUAAUGCUGAUGGUGUCCAGAGCCUUAAAGAUGAGCUCGUAACCUAUGGCCAGGAGAAGAACAGUAGCUCAGAGUCUGAGGAUAGUCGCCCCCCAAGCCCUGGGUGUUCCUUCACUGAAGGCUUCUUCCAGCUCUUUAACCCUGACUUUGUCCCUAAGGUCGACAGGUGGUCCCGAUUACUCUUCCCUCUUUCCUUUGGGUUAUUCAAUGUCGUUUACUGGUUAUAUCAUAUCUAUUAAUCCUCCAGGGCCCCAAGGCAACAGGGAGACUGUGCUGCCCUCCUUUCAUGGUACCGUUUGAUUCUGUUUUUCCCCUUUUGCUUUGUUCAUUUUACUUUGUGUUUGUUUGGAUAAUCCAACCAGUUCAACACUUCUGUUCAUAAACAUGAGAUGUGAGGUAGUGGGAAAAACAUUCUGGCUAGAAGGGAAAGGUUUGAGGAGGAGUUGAGAGGUAAAUAACACAUUGAUUUCUUUUCCUUCUAGAAGACACUCACCUUUUCGAAGGCUUCUGAGCAUAGAAAAGCCUCUGGGACUGUUUAUCAGAGA